AUGCAGAGAGAGAGAGUGGCUCGUUCCAUUUGCUUCAUGGCAUUUCUGGUCUUGCCAAUGAUGCUCUUUGUUGCCUAUGUGCAAGCUCAGUACAUUUACAAAUCAGUAAGCCAAAAAUUCAAAGUAAUAUGUGUUACCAACUAUCCAUGUAGAAAAGUUUGUCUCACUGAGGGGUUUACAGAUGGUCAUUGUAGCAAACUCCAAAGAAGGUGCCUAUGCACUAAGAUUUGUGCACUUCAAAUAAAGAAAUAA